UCUAUUUGUUUUUACCAUGCCUACGCUUUGACUAUGAACUCUUAUGGUGAAUAAAAAGUAACAUCGUUUUACAGAUAUUUUCAGAUUGCAAAUGUGUGCACAACAGUGAGGGAGAAGUGAAUGCUGGAGAGGCAUUAAAGGGUUACUGUAAUUUUGAAUGCCAGUGGCUUGUUCUCUACAUUGCUGUCAUCUGUGUGGGUAGGUUUAUGUCUUCUACAACGGGAGUUGCGAGUGCUUUAGUCUUUUUAAGAUGUGUUGAUCCAGCAGACAAAAGUGCAGCUUUGGGGGCAUUAUCAGGAGUAUAUUCCAUAUUAGCCUUCAUUCCUUAUCCAAUCUUGUUUGGAGCCCUCUCUGAUUCUUGCUGUCUUGUGUGGGAGCACAGUUGUGGAAAAACUGGCAAUUGCUGGAUCUACGACAUCGAAAAAUUCCGGUACAUGCUGCAUGGUGUCAGCGCUAUCUUCAUCUUCCUUGGAAGCUGUACAGACAUUGUUGUCUGGUAUCUCAGUCCUCGACUCAAGAACAUAUACAGCGAUGAGGAGACACACAAUGGAGAUCACCUUGAGGAAGUGAAUGGUGUACUCCCAGAUGUCUCACCUUUAGAAUUGAAUGGGAUAAGCAAUGAAUUGUUCGACUCCUGUGAUAAGAUGGCAAUGGACCAAAAUGAGCUAACAAAGAAUGUAGCAGUAAACGACUUUGGUGAGGAAUCUAUUAAACAAAAUGACAGGGAAACUAUUGAUACACAAGAAAUUUCAAGAUGCUGAGAUGAAUCAAUUUCAUUAGAACUCUUGUCAUCAUCUAUUUUGUAGGUUCUUUAACUUUCAGAAUGACCAACAUCUAUGCUAGAUGAGUAUUCGCUAAUACACCUGGUUUAUCCACAUUUUUUCAUAUGUUGAUAUAUUCCACUUAUUGAUUCUACUUUUCUUAUAGGUUGCCGUCAACUGAGGCUACUUUGGUCCUUGUGGGGUUAAUUUUAAAAAAAAAUCUGAGUUUUAGAUCCGAUUUAAGGGACAAUUUUAGGAUCGAUGUUUAGGACUGAUUUUGAAAAAAAUUUCUGAUUUUUCAUCGAACAAAUGAAGCGAGAUGAAUGGGUAUUUUGGAACUUAAAAAGUUUUUUUUUUUCCUAUUUGAGGGUAUUUUAGUCGUUUUGGGAAAUUAAAAAAUUUUGCCUUUGGCUAUACCGGAGUUGUUGUCAACCACUGUUUUGAUGAGUAAAUUGCUUACCUUAAAACUUUCCAUUGCCGAAAAAUCCAGUUGCGCGAAAGAAAUAUGGUAAGUGUCGAAAUAUUACCUUAAUUAACUUUUUAACGAAGUGCAAUAUUUUUUUCCUUAAUUUAUUUUUCUGACGAUACAUUUUAAAGUUUACGAAAACAUAAAUGCGCACCUUAAAAAUAUUGCACUGUUUACUUCCUUAUACUUUGUUAAUUUAUUAAAAUUUAAUUUGGACGUUGAAGGACUGUUCCUUAUUAGUUUAUUAACAAAUAUGUGAGUAAAGGACGAAAAAUUGUCUUAAUUUAGUCCCGGUUGACGGUAUUGUUUUGCGAACAUCUAGCAAUGAAAAUUUCCGUUCUUGUUUCAAAAUAGGUUCAAUAAUAUCGUUUGCAAAAAUAGGUAAAAUAAUAGAUUAAAUAAUAUAGGUUAAAUCACUCGUUGAAUUGAUUUAUAACGAUUUAUUUAGUUUAAUAUUCUAAUAUUUUUACAAGAAAACAUAAAAUCAAUUAUUUUAAAAGUCCCCCCCCCCUCAUUUGCUUAUAUAAACUCUCCAUUGAUGUUUUCAAUGCAUACUUCAGGAGCUUACGAUUUAUUUUAUUAUAUUUAUUCUAUUCUCCUCAUCUUGUUUCUUUCCUUAGAGGCUUUCAUUACGGGGUAAAUACGGUUUAACGAGUCCAAGAUGCCUUGAUGACGUUUACCUUCUUAUCUUUUGUAUCAUAAUUUCAUACUUUUUGCAUGGAGCAUAGCUUAUAACCCCGUUUAAUUUUAUUAUCCGAAAUACGUAAUGUUACAAACUCUUUAACAAUACUUCGGGUGCAGUAUUACUGCAUUUGGAUCAUGCAUCAAAAGUUGAAUGCUUGAAGAAUAGAUUUCGAAAGAUCGGAUGUUGAUUUUCAAACCCAUGAAUGUUUUGGGUGAAACAUUGGAACAUAAAAUCAAAAUAAUUCAUUACCCUGGGUCAUAUAUCAUUAUUACACUUAUACAGUUAUUUCUAUGUAUGGUUUUAAAAAAAUAAUCCUUUUACUUUAUAAAUCCGGAAUUAACUUUUAAUUUAAUGAUCAGAUUCUAAAGUGCUAAAGCAAACUCUUAUGAGUUCAAGUGGUAGAUCUUAAAUAUUUUAAAUAAUUCAUAGUGAUGGUAAUUAUGAUUACAAUACUAAACAAAGCUCAUUGGCCCAUGCGUCAGCUCAAGUUUUCCUGUGCCUAUUGCAGUUACUUUUACCUUAGGCUCUAAGGCGCAAGAGUAAAGUUCCAGUUAGGUGAUCAACCGAACAUAGAAUCCCCAAUGUUAAGUCCUUCACCAUUGCUCGGAAUUGUACUUUUUCUGGUUAACAAAUGGAAAAUCGUGCAAAUUUUCCCACUUAUUAAAUAAUUAAUUCUUAUUGAUAAUUUUAUUGCGUUAGUUUACUUACUAAAACAUGUUUCAUUAAUUUUUCAACCAAAUUUUAGAUUUUGAGGAUGUCAGUAUUUUUAAACGUUUUUCAAAAUCUUUUUUAAAAAAAUUUUUUUUUCAAUAUGAAAGUUUAAAAUUUGAUAACUAUGUUCAAAAGAACGCAUUUCUAUGAAACAAGGAACAUUUAAAAGCAGUAAUGAGUUACUUUAUAAAGAAAUUGUGUUUAUCUAAUUCUUUUGUGGGUUAACUAAGAAGAAGUGGAAUCAUCAUAUGUAUAUACACUUGGAAAACACUAUACACUUGUAUUGUGCGAUGUUUAGAUAAUCGUUAUUAAAAUACGUUUGUGUA